AUGGAGUCAAGUGAGCCAGCAGUAACCUCAACACAUAAAGUAGAAGAGACACAGUCAGUUGUAAGACAAAUAUCCAUUAUAAUAGUGCAUAACUAUGUUGAAAGAACUAUUUCAGUGAAUGUAUCGGAAGGAAUACUUGAAGAGAUUAAAGGAAAAGCAAAGGAAUUGUUUGGGCUCUCUUGCAUUCGGCUAGAGAUAGAUAAAAAACUGAUUACAUCUGCAGAUCAGAUAUUUAAGUGCACUAACCCCAAAAUAACAAUAGCAGGGAUUAAGAAUAAGUGUGCUUUGUCCAUGUGCAGAAACCGGGUUAACUCUUCAAGUGACUUAGAGUGUAAGUUCUGCUCAAAAUCAUUCUGUAUUAAGCACUCCAUCCCAGAAGGACACUCAUGUGAGAACAUCUCAGACUGUAAAGAUGUAGCAAUUAAGAAUAAUAUUAGAAAUUUACUGCACGACCGAUACAAAGAGUAA